CGUCGUCAUAUGUAUAUGGCUGCAGCGCGUCGUCUGCGAUGUGAUGAACAACGUGCCUUUCAUGCCGACAGGACGCUCGUAAAAUCCAGUGCAAUUACGGAUUUCAUUGUCGAAGCAAGGACGUUUCUGUUGCGCGAAAAAUGGAAACAAUGGCAGACGGCAAGCCGUGCCGCACUUGCACCGAUUUCAAAACCUGGGCAAAGUUACAAAAGCAGACUUUCGACUCGGAAAAGAAAUCGGACCAAGCCAAGCAGGGAUCGGAUCACAAGUACACAGAAACUAUGAAUGCAAGGAGGAAAGACUGUCCGUUGGACAGGGAUGAGCUGGGCUCACGUACGUGGGGAUUUUUGCACACCAUGGCUGCUUACUAUCCGGAAAGUCCUACUGUGGAGCAGAGGAAAGAUAUGAAAACGUUUUUUCACUUGAUAUCAAAGUUUUAUCCGUGCAAUGUAUGCGCUGAGGAUUUACAAGAGCAGCUGAAAAAGUCGCCGCCCAAGACUGAUUCCAACCAUCAGCUGAGCCAGUGGCUCUGCGAUGUUCACAACGAAGUCAACAAGAAAUUAGGUAAACCCGUGUUUGACUGUAGCUUAAUAAAUCAGAGAUGGCGAGAUGGUUGGCUCGAUGGUUCCUGUGAUUGAUGACCAAUUUUUAGAUUUCCUAUAACUUUUACGUCGCUGUAAAGAGAAUUAGAGCACACGCACAAAUGGAAAUGAGAUAAACUAAUUUUUGUAAAUAAGUAAAUAUCUAUAUUUAACUUUAUAAAUUGUUCCCACAUUGUAUGAAAAGUGUAAAUAUAAUCGUUUGGUUUCAUACAGAAAUAUAUACACGUAAUAUUGCUUCUUUUACAAAUGUCUUUUACAAUCAAGAGUCAAGAGAUAGUAUUAACUGUUGGUGGAGAAUGUGAGAGAGUAAAGAGUGUCAUAGCAGUUCGAGAUUGAGGCUCAUAGGCGUGUCCUUGGCCUUCACCUCCUAUCGGAACUACCUGACAAGUCCUGAUGUGAAAAGGAAAAUUGGUGUUGGCUGACGAUGGUCGUGUCACAUAAAGAAAUGUUAGAUGCCCAACAAAUAUCACCCAGAGAGAACUGCCUUUAACAACACUCUCUCUUACCCAUUUGUCAAUUAAAAACGUAAUAGUUAGUACCUAAAAAUAAA